AUGGGCUGCUGCAGUACAAAAGAAGAUCCAAACCUUUACAAGCAAUCCAAUGCUAACAUGAUAAAUAACCCUGAUUACUGUUGUGCAUACGUAAAGAAGGACAAGAUUAAGAGCUUGCUGAUGAGGCAGUCUAAGACCCAGGAUGAUUCCCAGCUGAUAAGCAAACUCAUGACUUAAAUAAACUCAGAAAUUGAUCUAGGUCUGCUACUAACUCAAAUUAAGGAGGUCUAGCAAUAGUAAAAUUAGUAAAAUAACCUCAAGAGUAUGGAGGAUAGCAACAAAAAUGAGGAAUUCGACUAUAUUAUGGAAAGAAGGAAGUCUAUAAGUCAGAAGCAAAAGCACCUUCUUACCUAGUCUUCCUCAAGCAGCAAAAGAAAUAAAAAGCUCUCCUUGAGAAGUAUUCAUGACGAGACUACUCAUACAAUUAACCAUACGACUUUCCCAAAUGAUGAGUAAAUUGAACCAAUAGAAAAGAUUGAUGAGGGUAUUCAAACUGAUAAUGUUGAAAUCAGAGACCCAGACGACAACAUCAUCAAGAUUCAGAUAUAGCCUAUCAUUCAGGCAUCAACAGGUGAAUAAGCUUUUAUUGUGAUGAGGGAUCUAGAAGAGGACACAUCGUUGCUUCGAGAAUAAGUGAAUUCGCAGUCUAGCGUCACUAUCAUCCCCUCCUCAAAUGAAGGCAAGAAACUGCCUGAAAUAAUGAUAUCUCCUUUGAUAGACAUGGACAAUCAACUGCAGAUUGCUUAGAAUCAACAGCAUCAGCAUAUGCAGCAGAGAAAGUUCGAGUCCUUCAACUUUACCAACUAGAAGUUAGUGGAUGCUGGGCAAGUAGUCUAGCCGCUAUAGCAUAAUUCUAGAACUGAGCUCAUGCAGUACAUGUCUAUGAGGAACCAACAUAAAUAUCAGCAGCAACAGUACUAAAAUAAUAUGCAGAGAAUGAACCCCAUGUUUAACGGCAACGCAAACCCUGAUAACAGAAAUAACAAUGCAAAUUCUAGUGGAAGUUCAAAUCAAUAUCAAUAACAGUUUGACAAAAUCAAAUCGCUGAGGAGAAGUGUUCACGUGGGUGCCAAUAAUUACUAUAACAAUUCUGAUGCGAGAGGAGUAAUCAACGAUAACAUGCUGCACACCUAGAGGUAUCAAAGCAACAAACACUAGUACUUUUAAUUGAAUGGAAACGAGCAGAUCAUAACAACUCUAGGAAGCACAGGAGGCAUUGGCCCUAAAAUCGCAGGAGACACCUAUCACCACUAUCUAGACUACUCGACUGGCUAAUAACCAAUCAACAUGAGGUAGAAAUCUCUUAAUGGGCCUAUUAGCAGGCAUCAUACAUAGAGCAGUCCGCUUACUAACUUCCAAGUUGAGAAUAUCACGACUUCUACUGUAGCCUCUCUACUGCCUCAUAAUUAAAAUUACUAGCAGAUAUUUGAGAGAUCUAUCAGAUCUUCAAGUCUCGAAAGCUCCAAAAAUUUUUAAAAUAAGAUAUGA